AUGCGCUCUUUGCUCUUCUUGCUCGGAGCGUUGACGGCGUUGGCAUGGUGCCAGAAGAUUCCGAGUAAGUGUUUGUCUGAAAGGUGUCUCAAUUGGGCAGGGCUGGGCUUGAUUCGAAAAACCGGAUUCGGUUUUUAAAGCCCUGGAAUUGCGCGAAAUUCAAAACAUCAUAAAGCCUCCCAGCUCGUCGAGUACAUGCCAAUCUCCCUUCUUCAGAAUUUGACGUCUCAAAUGCGGAACUUCUGCAAAUGGCCAAAAAACUGCGCCAAGUGGACACGAACCGCGCUCGGCCCGACCAGAUCAAACUGAACUAUCAGAAGCACACGGUGACUCGCGACGACAGCGACGCCGCCUCGGACAAACUUUUCACCCGCGUGGACACUUCGAUCUUCCGGAAGCCCUCCUACGAACUGUACCUCAAUCUGAUGGACAACUUCAACCGACAGACGGGAAUCAUUGAGCCACGUGUCAGUCAGUCGGAGGAGAAGAACGAAGUGGGCAAGUUUCUGGACGUCGUGUUGGAGUCGAAUCCGAUGAAAGAGUUGUACAAUUGGUUCAAGGCAAAAGGUUCAGUCAUCCUGUCCGGAAGGGACUGAUCCAAUCCAACUCGACACUUCCAGGCCACCCAAUCGCCGCCACUCCGGCCUCUUUCCGCUUCUGGAUCGGUCAACUGUGGUUCUCGCACUACUCGAGAGCCCUCGGCCGCCCGGACACAUCUGGAUUUGAGCACGUUUUUAUUGGAGAGGUGAGUGGAAACAGAUGGACGACACGAGAAAUAUAUUACAUUUGAAUUCAGGCGAAAAACGGAGAGAUAUCCGGAAUGCACAACUGGGUCAGAUUUUACACGCUCGAAAAUAAUCGGACGGAGAACUUUGACUACAAAGGGUUCACAAUAAAGCGAUUUGUGAGUGAAGACGGGUUACUGCAGCCGAGGACCGGGAUUUGAUAUUCAGAACAUAAUGGCGGCGCUCAAGUUCACUUGGGACGGACUUCUGAAGCGUGCCGGCUCGAUUCUGAUCGGAACGUCUCCGGAAUUCGACAUGGCCCUCUACACAAUGUGCUUCCUGUCGAGACGUGGAAGGGAGACUUGUGAUGUUCGUAAACUUCCAGGGUCUCCGCCAAUAUCAGAAUAAUACUCAGGUCGAGCUCGACGGCUGUCCCCUCCAGAUCACCAGUUUCGAGAUUAUGCAACAGAAUAAGGUCUACAUCGGAAGCAUUUAUCCGACGGCGGGAAGAAUCACCGAUCAGUGUCGGGCUCAGAAUCGUUAA